AUGAAUUUGAUAUCACUUAAUGUUGUUCCUACGAGUUCUCUUACGAAUCUCGAUGAACUCGAUCAAUCAUUUAUGUAUUCUCAAAUUCUCAAAGAAAUUAUUCUUGACAUUAAACAUGAUAAAGCAGCUAAGAAAGAAUUUGUUGAUUUCUGUGGCAUUCAUUAUGCUGAUAAUAAUACUCAGUCAAAUAAAAUACAUGAUUUUGAACGAUUAUACGAACAUUAUUCACCAAUUUGGUGGUAUACAAAAGAAUCCUUUAUUUAUUCAAUAUUGAACAAAGCUUUGAGAACACAAGAAAUCGAUGUUAUUAUUAAGAUGGGAUUUUUCAUUCAAGAUCUUCAUCGACAAAUCGAACAACUGCAUACAGAAGCACAUCAAACUUCAAAGAUGAUUAUUUAUCGAGGUCAAGGAAUGUCUAAUGAUGAUUUUGAAAAGAUUAAAAAAAACGAAGAUGGUCUUCUUUCUUUUAACAAUUUUUUAUCAACAAGCAUUGAUCAAGAUGUUUCAUAUAGUUUUGCUGAAAGUGCUGGGGAUAAUCCUCAAUUAAUAGGAAUUUUAUUUCAAAUUGAAAUCGAUUCAUCGAUUGCUAGAGUACCAUUUGCUUCAUUAGACAAUAUCAGUCAAUACUCUGAUUCAGAAAAAGAAAUUCUUUUUUCAAUGCAUACUAUCUUUCGCAUUGGUAAAAUUAAAAAAAUUAAAGAUCGUUUAUGGCAAGUGAAUCUAACAUUGACUGGUGAUAUUGAUCAACAAUUGAAACAAUUAACUGAUCAUAUACGAAGGGAACAUCAACAAAAAAACAGAUGGCAUCGUAUGGGUAUAUUGAUGAUUACGAUGGGAAAAUUUAAUAAAGCAUUAGAAAUAUUCAACUUAAUAUGUGAGAAAAGUUCGAUAGCUAGCACUGAUGAACAAUUUGUUAUCGAUCCAGCAAUCUAUCACGACAUGGCUGUAGCAUAUCGAUGCAUAGGAGAUAAUUCUAAUGCAUUGUUAUAUUUUCAAAAAACACUUGAAGUUGAUCGGAAAUUUCUUCCACACAAUCAUCCCAUGCUGAUUACGACAUAUAAUAAUAUUGGUGAAAUAAAUGAUACAAUAGGUAAUUAUUCGAUAGCACUCUCCUAUUAUCAAAUGGCACUUGAAAUUCAGAAGACAUUUUUUCCUACAGAUGAUCCAUCAUUUGCUAUUACUUACAAUAACCUUGGAAAAGUACAUCAUUCCAUAGGAAAUUAUCCAGCUGCACUUGCGUAUUAUCAAGAGGCACUCAAAAUUGAACAGAAAUAUCUUCCAUCUAAUCAUCCAAGCCUAGCUGCUACUUAUGAACAGAUUGGGUUAAUAUAUGGUUUUAUGGGAGAUUACUCCGCUGCAUUGGUCUGCCAUAAAAAAGGACUUGAAAUUCAGCAGAAAUCCCUACCACCCGAUCAUCCAAAUCUGGCUACUACUUACAAGAAUAUUGGAGAGGGCUAUCGAAUGUUAGGCGAUACUUCGAUGGCACUUUCAUAUUAUGAGAAGACGCUUGAAAUUGAACUGAAAUCUCUUCAAUCCAGUCAUCCAUCAAUAGCUAGGACUUACAGCUGUAUUGCUGCAGUACAUCAUGUGUUAGGAAAUUACUCAAGUGCAUUAUCAUACUAUGAAAAGGCGCUUGAAAUUAAGCAGCAUUCCUUUCCUUCUGAGCAUCCAUCUAUAUCUAGAACAUACAGUGCGAUCGGUUCAUUACAUGAAUCAAUGGAAGAUUAUUCAAAUGCGCUUUCAUACUAUGAAAAAGCACUUAAAAUUGAACAAAAAUCUUUGCCAUGCGAUCAUCCAAGCUUGGCGUAUAACUACAAUAAUAUUGGUUCAGUGUAUGACUCCAUGAAUAAUUAUCCGUCUGCACUUUUAUAUUAUAGAAAGGCACUUGAUAUCCAACAGAAAUCACUUCCACCUAAUCAUGCAGAUCUAGUAAAUACUUACAACAAUAUUGCUCUCGUAUAUCAAGCGACAGACGAUUAUUCAACAGCUCUCUCAUACUAUCAAAAGACACUUGAAAUGAAAGAGACACCUCAUCCAUACAAUCAAUCAUUAAUCGCUACCGCUUAUAAUAACAUUGUUGCUGUUAAUUGUUCUUAUAAUUAUAUUCGUUUUGGUUUAUUCCAAUGGUCAGGACAUAAACUAAAAAUGUUAAUAGGUCAAGUUUCUACUUUAGAAUUUGUUGAUAAUACUCAAUUAACUCAAUCAUUAACUAUUGGUCGCUAUCUAUCAUAUGAAACAGUUGGAUGUUGGUGUGAUAUAAACAUAUCAGUAGACCAACAAGGCGGAUAUAAUAUUAGUGUUAAUGGUCGUAUAUGGCUUCGUUCAGCUCAAACAGCUAUAUAUACAGAUGACAAGUGGUAUUCAUCAGCUGAUGAUUCUCUAUCAUUAAUUAAUAUAACUUAUGCACAAGGUAAUGAUUCAAAUUUAGGUAUUUGGAAUGAAACUCAAUUAAUCUAUGAUCUUGUUCGAAGUGAAAUACAUACAAAAAUAGUAGGUCAUAUACGUCAAUGGAAUUCAAUUUCUGCAAUUACAUUUCAUUUGAAUACUGGUGAUCAAAUGAUGAUUAAUACGAUUCCACUUGAUAUGGAACAUGUUCGUACAGUUUUUCCAUCAUUUUAUAUCGAACAAAUGGAUGAGAAUGAUCAAAGAGGUUAUUUCACAUUUUCAGGAAUGAUGACAGGUGAAGUUGAUAGACAUGCAGGUAAUUGGGAUUCAUCAAGUGCAGUUAUUGAUUCAGGAAUGGAAGGCGGUCCAAUAGUUAUUUUUAAUUUCACUCAACAAGGCGAAAAUGAUCUAUUAAUUCUUUCACCUUUUUCUCAAUUUAUGGUAACAUCAUUAAGUCAAACAACUAAUAUAUUACAAUGUGGUGUUUUAGGUUCAAUAAUAUCCAUACCCGAAAAUUAUAAUUAUUCAAUGAUUAUAUUUUAUUCAUCAAAAGGUAUUAAUGAAGGUAUAAGAGAAUGGGGUAAAACAAUGCAACAAGCAUAUAAUCGAACAAAUCAAUAUCGUCUUAAUGAUUUAACUAUUAAUUAUCUUGGUUAUUAUACAGAUAAUGGUGCUUAUUAUUAUUAUAAUACAGAAAAAGAAAUAAAUUAUGAAGAAACUUUAAUUAAUAUUUAUCAUCAAAUUCAACUUCCAUUUCAUUAUAUUCAAUUAGAUUCAUGGUGGUAUUAUAAAGGUCUUAAAGAUGGUGUUUCUCAAUGGACAGCACGACCAGAUAUAUUUCCUGAUGGUCUUGAAAUAGUUCAUCGUCGAUUAGAAAAUCUUCCUUUAGCUGCACAUAAUCGAUAUUGGUCAUAUGAUACUAUUUAUAAACAAAAUUAUUCUUUUGCUCUUGAUAAACAAACUGAAAAAGCAUUACCUAUAGGUAAUGAUUCAUUUUGGAUUGAUUUAUUCAAUCAAGCAUAUAAUUGGGGUCUUAUUCUUUAUGAACAAGAUUGGCUUAAUCAUCAAACAAUUGAUUUUUUACCAAUACGUACUGAUAUUCAUAUUGGACAUAAUUGGUUAAUGUCAAUGGGUAAAGCAGGUGAAAAAUUAGGAAUAAAUAUACAAUAUUGUAUGAGUUUAUCACGUCAUAUUUUACAAGCUUUAGAAAUUCCACGUGUUACACAAACACGAGUAUCAAAUGAUUAUGCUCUUCAUUUAAUUAUUCCAAUAAUUUCUCAAUGGAAUAUUGGAAUAUCAAGUAUGUUUGCUGAUGCAAUUGGUUUAGCACCAUUUAAAGAUGUUUUUUGGUCUCGAUCAUUAGAACAUGGUUCUCCUUAUCCAUCACUUUCUAUGGAAAUAUUACCAGAUCGAGAAAUUUUAAUUGCAACUCUUUCAACAGGACCUGUUGCUUCAGGUGAUGGAAUUAAUUAUACAAAUAUUGAACGUAUAAUGAAAUGUUGUCGUAAAGAUGGUUUAAUUUUAAAACCAGAUCGACCAUUAACUAUGAUUAAUAUAUUAAUAUCUGAUUGGGCUUUUUAUAAAAGUGUUUCACAAGGAGAACUUUAUUCAACAAGAACAAUAAUAAAUAAUCAAACAUUUCAUAUAAUUUUUGCAUCAGCUAUGAAACGAGAUUAUUUAAUUUAUCCUUCAAUGAUUAAAGCUCAAUCUGGUAUUAUUUGGUCAUAUAAUAAAGCAAAUGUUGUAUCAACUUUCGAUAAUACUAAUCCUUUGAAUGUUUUAGCUAAGCAAUGUAAUGACUUAUCAAUAUGUCUUUGGUAUGUAUCACCUUUAUGGGAAUUUAAUGAUUCAGCUAAAACAAAAUAUGCUUUUCUUGGUGAAUGGAACAAAUGGACAGCUGUUAGUCAACAACGAAUCGAUUCUAUUGUUACUAAUCCAGAAAAAACUCAAACAAUAAUUACUCUUCAAGGUGAAAGUUAUGAAAUAGUUCAAUUAGCUGUCUAUCAUCAUUCUUUACCUUCUUCUAUUAUAAAUUGUCAAAUUUCACCUGGUAAUAGUGUUGGACAACUUGUUAUUACUCCAUCCGAUGUUUUUUGUCGUUAA